AUGGCAGCACCCUCGACCUUCCUAGAUGCGAUGCACUACCGUCGAAGCAUCUACCAGCUCAACAACACGUCCCCAAUCUCAGACGACCAAAUCGUGAGUAUUGCCAACAGCGUUAUUCAAGAUGUGCCCUCUUCUUUCAACUCGCAGUCCACGCGGCUAGUCGUCCUCCUUCAUGACGAGCAUGUUCAAUUUUGGAAUAUUGUCCUGGAAUGCUUGAGGGCAAUAGUCCCUGAAGGUGCGUUCCUCAAGACAGAGAAGCGCAUAGCUGGCUUCAGAAACAGCUAUGGCACGAUCCUAUUUUACGAGGACGAAGAGACCAUCAAAGAUCUCCAGGCAGAAUAUGAGCUCUAUGCGGAGCGGUUCCCCCAGUGGGGCGAACACACCAGCGGCAUGCAUCAAUAUGCUCUGUGGGUAGCCUUGGAGGCCGAGGGCCUUGGGGCCAAUAUUCAACACUACAAUCCGCUGGUCGACCAGCAGGCUGCGAUCGCUUGGGAAAUUCCCGAAAACUGGCAGCUCAAGGCGCAGUUGAUCUUUGGUGGGUGUGAAAGCGCGGCGCGCGAGUCAUUGCCUCCCAAGACGCAAAGACCUGUUGAAGCACGACUCUCUGUCCACGGCUCGAGGUCGGAUGGCGUAGGCUCUGUCUAA